GAAAGGUUGUUUGUCUCACCUGAGCUGUGACACACACAUUCACUAAAACAGGACGUUCACAGGUGUAUUAACAGAAUGUCGUCGAAGCACAUCGGGAGUCCUCCGCCCUAUGAUUAUGAAGAGAAUGGAUAUAACGUUGCUCCGCAGCCGGCGUACUCCUACUAUCCUGACGAUGAGUUCCAGCAUUUCUACCGCUGGACAUCUCCACCGGGCAUCAUAAAGAUCAUGUGUGUGCUGUCCAUCAUCUUCUGCGUGGGAAUCUUUGUCUGUGUGGCCUCCACUUUGGCCUGGGAUACCAAUGCAGGAGCUGCCGGAUUCGGAACCAAUGGAGGCUAUUAUGGAGGCUCCUAUGGUGGUUCCUAUGGCAGCGGUUUUGGGGGUACGGGCUAUGGAAUGGGCGGAGCUGGAAGUUUCGGUUAUGGGAUCCUGGGUUCUCAGAAUGACCCAAGGCAGGGGAAGGGCUUUAUGAUUGCCAUGGCGAUCAUCACCUUCAUCGCUCUGAUGGUCAUCUUCAUCAUGGUCAUCUCGCACCAGAGAGUGUGCCAGGGCAGGAAGUUUUACCUGUCUGUCAUUAUCGUCAGCGCCCUCUUGGCAUUCUUCAUGUUCAUCGCCACCAUAGUGUACCUGGUGACGGUUUACCCAAUGGCGCAGACGUCCGGGUCGGUGCAGUUUAAUCAGGUGUACUCCAUGUGCGCUGCUUACCAGCAGGCCCAGAUGUCAACGUUUGUCAACCAGUAUCUGUACCAUUACUGCGUGGUGGACCCUCAAGAGGCGAUCGCUCUAGUUUUGGACUUUGUUGUCAUCGCGGCUCUCAUCAUCAUCAUGGUCUUCGCCAUUAAAACUCGUCAAAGAAUCAACAAUUACGGGAAGGACAACAUCUUAUGGCGCAGAGUGAAAGAAUUUGAUGACCAGAACUCCCCGCAAGAUGUGGAGGACUGGGUCAAUAAUGUGAAUGGAGCCCCUGAGGGUCUGCUGGCUGACUAUCCUGUCAAGUUUGGCUCCAGAAACAAUCUGGAUGACAACAGCACAAGUUACGAUAAACCUCCACUCAGUGAAAGUCCCGUGGAGAUUCUGCCCGUCCGUAAUUCAGUCCCUAUUAGCAGCGGCUCUGAGAUGAACAGCUCUGUAGGACGGCCCAAGAAGAGGCGUGCUGGACGUCCACGCACCGCUGACGGACGCGAUUAUGACGCGGACUACGCUUCUUCAGGAGACGAGCUGGACGAUGACGACUUCUUCAGUGAGUUUCCUCCUAUUGUGAAUACUCAAGAGAGAGACGAUUACAAACACCUCUUUGAUCAAGACCACCAGGAGUACAAGGACCUGCAGGCGGAGAUGGACCAGAUCAACAAGCGCCUGGCAGAGGUGGACCGAGAGCUGGACGGCCUCAAGGAGGGAAGCCCGCAGUUCCUGGACGCCAUGGACGAGUACAACGCGAUCCAAGACCAAAAGAGGAGCGGCGAAUACAAGCAGAAGAAGAAGCGGUGCAAAUACCUGAAAGCCAAACUCAACCACAUCAAGAAGAUGGUCAGCGAUUACGACCGCAGAUCCUGAAGGUCAGAGACGGACAGUAUUGAGAGCGCUCCUGUCCCGGCCUGAGGGCCUUCAUGGACAUGUAGCAAUCAGAUGUGUGUUGAUCGUUGCGAUAUCUUCAUCGAAUCCUCCUUUAGACUGUCUUAAGAUGCUUUGAUAUUGUUUGCUUGUUCCUAAUGUGCCUCAUUAGCUGUUACAGUCGUCUCAGUUUAGUGUUUGUUUGUUGAUAUAUAGAUAUUAAGUGGUUUCUUAAAGGGUACAGUAACCGUGCCAAAUCAUUUUAAAUGUUGGGGUGUUUUGAGAUCGUGAUGAUAAUCGUGUUUGUCGUAAAUCAAGCUGUGAUCGGUUGCAGCUCGUCUUUUAAACUGUAUUUGUGCCGACUUGUUGACACGCUGGUAUGUAAAUAUGUAAUUUAAACCUUUUGAUUUGUCCUUUCCUUCGCCAUAAAUGAAAUCGUUUUGUAUUGCCGUCACAUGACGUCAGCAUGUUAACAGUGUGUUUUUAUUAACGUAAAUGAGCGACGUUUCAUAGCGAGCUUUCAUAGUGAUGAACUUUAAAUUUCAGCUGUGGACGGCAAGUCAGAGUUGACAAGUGUCUUUUUAUUACCGUCUAUAGUUUGUUAAUGUCUUGACGCUUCAAAUUCUGUCAGUUUUAUAAUAAAAAUGGUAAACAUUA